CGCAUUGACAGCUAAGAAAAUUCACCAACUUAAAUGGUUCUAGAAUCAAGAUGGCAGCCUCCACUGGAAUGUGUUUCACUACUACAACUAUCGCUGAUGGAGCUUACGGAAACAAGGGAGUUUGUGUCAAAGUUAUCGAUGAGCUGAGGGGAAGAGGUGUGUUUGCCAAUGGGGAUUUCAAGUCCGAUGACACAAUCUUCAGAGAGUCUCCCCUAGUGUGUGCUCAGUUUCUGUGGAAUGGGUUCUACCGUUACACAGCCUGCGAGUUCUGUAUGCGCUCAAUGGAAACGGCUCAGGAGAUGGCCAGACGGCUGAGCGGCAACCCCUCACUGGUGCUGCCGCAUCCUGAAUGCUGCACAGUGCACAAGGAGAGGCAUACCGCAUGCCCUCAGUGCCAGGUUCCCUAUUGCAGUGCGGAGUGCCAGGAUCAUGCCUCCGCCCAGUAUCAUCAAGUCUUGUGCUUGGGUCAGUCACCCCCUGAUCCAGACCAUCCUCUCGUUUUCCUACAAGAAACUUGGAAAAACAUGCAUUAUCCCCCAGAGACAGCCAGCAUUACAUUAAUCAACAAAAUGAUCGCUACUGUAAAACAAGCAAAGAACAAAGAGCAUGUCCUACACACCUUCGGCCACUUUUGCCAGAAAGCGAAAAGCGAGGAGCAACAGCUAGCCCACAAGCUACUGGGCAGCCAGUUUCAGGGCCAGAUUGACGCACUUCAGGGUCUGUUGGCCGAAGCGUUGUAUGAGGACUGCAUCAGUCGGUGGUUUACCGCCGAAGGGCUGCGGUCACUCUUUGCCCUCGUCGGAAUGAACGGUCAAGGCGUUGGAACGAGUUCUCUGAGUGUUUACGUUCACAACUGUGAUGCUUUGGACUUGCCAGAUGAUGAGAGACAGGCUCUGGAUUCGUUUAUUGACCAGUUGUACGUGGAUAUUGAACAAGAGUCCGGUACAUUUCUCAACUGUGAAGGAUCAGCGUUAUACCAGCUCCAAAGUUGCUGUAAUCAUAGUUGCCAGCCCAACGCCGAGAUUCAGUUCAAUGACAACAACUCUACACUAACUGCCGUCGCCCUUCGAGAUAUCACUGAGGGAGAGGAAAUCUGUAUAUGCUACCUGGACGAGUGCAGCCGAGUGAGAAGUCGUCAUUCAAGGCAGAAAAUACUCCGAGAGAACUACUUGUUCCACUGUGGAUGCAUCAAGUGUCUGGAGCAGUGUGACGAUGCUGAUCAGACGUCGAGUGAUGAGGAAGAGGAGGGGGAGGAGCCACAAGAUUUAGAGGGCGGAGAUAAGGAAGCCGAAAUGGACGCAUGAACCAUUGAGGACGUUGUAACACUCAGUUUGUGUGAUUCGCUCGGAAAGUUUCCAAGAAUCCCGCUCAAGACGAACAGUUCCACAAGACCUUGUUUAACAACGUCAGGAAUCAUGCCCUCAAAAUUUUUUGGCAAGGUUUAGCAGACAUCUGAAAUUCAAAAUGCCGAGGAUAGAUCAGACACCAUUCAUCCGGAUGACAAGAAAGGAACUAUAAUGAAAAUAUUUGUUUGUGUUUGAGGGAAUUCGGUUCACAUUUGUAUCACACACUCCCCUGUGGCAUAUUAAAGUAUUGUGAGCAAGGUAUGCACCAGACUUAGUCCCUCAGGAGGUUUGAGGAAAUAAAACAUUUCAAGAGGUAUUGUUGAUUUACACAUCUCUAAU